AUGGGCGUCAGUGCGCUGCUGGGCUUCGCCUGGGGCCGCAUCGUGAGCGAAGCAAGCGAUACUGUGAUUCAGGCUUGGCAGGAAGCCUUGGAGACCUGUGCGUCGGAAAUCUGUUCAGCAAACCGGGUGGAGGAAGACGAUGUGGCAGCAAGGCAUUGUGAUCAGAUACCAGUUGCUUCCAAAUUCGGCGGUGCUGGUCGCACGACUAUGUUCGGACGCAAAAUUUGGUGCGCCGCGAUGCUGGGCACAGGAAUCACGGUGGACCUUUAUGCUGGACUUGGAGACACGGCGGCUCUGCUUGCUGACGGCCUGCAUCGGCGACCGAGCAGUGCCUCAGACCGUCGCCUGGUGACUUUCGAGUUAAAUUUAGACAGGCUGCUGACCGUGAGGAGCAGGCUUGCACAGAGUGCAGUCGCUGUGCACACCUUGGAUCUCCGCAGCCAACACCACUGGCAGCGAGAGAUGCGCCAAGGGGAUUGGAAGCCAGUAACCGCGUUUCUUGUCCCUGGAAGCACUUCGAGUUACCUGCGGCCAGUAUGCCAAUCCGUGGAGGAUUUGGGAUUGGUUCUUCUAGAUCCUGAUGUGGAGAUGGGGUAUAAGGAGUUCGCAGACGACUGGCGAGUGCUGGAAGCCCAACGUCCCCGAAUGGUCGCCAUCUACAACACUAAUCUACCAGGAGGCGCCGGCUGGGUUCUCAACCGCCUGCUCGCGCUGGGUGAGUAUGUGGAGGUUGCUCAAGGUUUUAACGACGGGGGUGCCGGUGAACAGGAUGUUUUCCACCAGCUACGAGCUUGGUCGCUUUUGCUACAUGUGCCGGGGGCCGUUCUGCCUGCCUGGAAACCUGGCGAGAGAAGGUCACCGUCCACAUUGCAGCAGAAGCAGCACAAGAUCGUGCAGCCGGCCCGACCUUUUGAUGAAGAUACAGUUCAGAUGACUGGCCUCGAAGCCAAGGAGUGGAUUCAAGAGCAGUUGGAAAGGGGCUACGAAUGGGGAAACACCACAUUUCGCGCAGUCCGGGGUGGCGAGGUGCUCCGCAUCCAUCGCGGGAUUGGAGAAAUAGUGCCGGUGGAGGUCCAGCGCCCGACAGAUGAGCUGCUCGCGCCACCCACGCCACAAACCAAUGCUCACCACUGCUUUGCAGAGGCCGACCCGCUGGUCGCGGCGCGCCAGCUCCGCACGCCCUGCUUCCUGAACUGUGAGGGCCCAGACUUCGAUGCUUCAUGGAACCACUUCCGAAAGCAGGUGCUCUUGCAGGCCGCCGGUAACUUCCCACUGGACCCGGACAUGGUGGCGGAGGCGACUGCCAUCAGCCACCACAUCGUCACAAACGAUGAGAUCCUGAUUCGUGGGAGGUCUCUCUUCAUGGCCCGUUUACGACAUGAGUACACCCAUGAUGGCCACUUAGAGGGAUUUUGCCUCUUCGGCCUCACUUCGGCGGCUUUCCUCCGAGCUCGGCAGAUGUUGGACAUGGAGCCGCAGAAGUUCGAAGCACAUGGUAAGACCAUCUUUGCACCAAUAGUCGGCCUCAAUGACAUGGACACUGCGUAUACGCUGGUCAGCGACUCCAACAGCAAAGGUGGCGUCGAGUUUAGCUUCCUUGAGAACACGGGCUGGGCGGUGUCCCUGGAAGACGUCAUCAUAAAUCUGGAAACCCAGAAGGCGGACUUGGGGCAGCCAUUCCGGCAGCACCGAUUUCCCAUGCCGAUCCUCACUUCGUUGGACAAGAGUCCUAAAGGUUCUAUUGAUGCGCCCAUCGCGGAUUUCAUCCAUUGGCUGAACCAGCAGCCAGCUCUUGUGACAACAUCAUCUUGCAGUGGCCGCAUCGCGAUUUUCCAUGGCUCUGCAGAUGCAUCCAACUCGAAAGGUGGAGAAUGGCUGUUGGCCAGCCAUGAGACCGUAUCGGACAGUACGAGAUCAUGGCAGGAGCUUCGUGAAGCACUCGACACACGACAGGAUGCCGCAGGUGCGGGCACACUUACCUCGCUGCUGCUGGAACCGUUUGUUCUUCAUGCAGAGUGUGCUGAUGCGGCUACAGCUCAGCACAUCCUCGGGGUUGCGAGAGAUGCAGGCUUCCGCGAGAGUGGAGUGAGCUUGGGAAGGAAGCGUGUCAUGGUGCAAAUCCGCACCGUGGCCACCCGCCUGGAAGUGCCACUAGCGAUGAAUGGAACUCUUCUUGUGGACGGCAACUACUUCCAGACCUUAGUCAGAAUCGCGAACAGUCGCUUAGACGAGAAUGCCGCUCGGGUGGCACGCUUGUGGAGGAACUUGCGGGAGGCUUUGGUGGCGAAGGGCGAAGGCAUCGAAGGCAUGGAGCACGGACAGCCAUGGAUCUUUGUUUGUCCACAGGAAUGCGCCCGCUCCGUCAAGUUGGCAUUAGAAGCCCGAGGCUGGUUGGACGAUUCUCGCAAAAUGCAGAGUUAUGGAGCGGAAGCGGCGGAAGCGGAAGCCACUCCCUCCGUCGCAAUCCCGUUGACUGAGGAGGCGGUCGAAGACUUGCAGGCCAUCUCCGAGGCCGAAGCAGAAGAGGUGGAUGUCAGCCGUGGCGGGACCACUGUGCCGAACGACGUUCCUCUUGCUGAGACGGAGAUGGCAGAAGCACUGCCCGAAACUGACUUGGGUCCGGCAGGAGCUGUGCCUAAGAAGAAGCGCCCUCCAACAGUCGCCGCCAACUUGAACGAGCUGUGGAGGUUGCGGCGUGGAGAGCUGCGCAUUAUUCAGAGCUCUGUUCUACCGAGAAAGACCAAACCUUCUGGAAGCACGAGCGCGGUCCCUGCAGCCACAGAGCAGGCAAAGAUAGCGGAAGCUGUCCAGGGCCUUUUCGAGACUGUAGGCCCGCAUGCGAACACUGCAUCUUUUGAGGGAUUGUUCAAGGAUGCUCAGAGCCUGCCUGCACUACAAUGGCGCGGGGACGUUGCUCUCCUCCCACGUGGCAGUUUUGCAGGUGCGGAAUGGGAGGCUUUUGAGCAAAAGACGCAAGCAGUGAGCGGUGGUUUGUGGGAGUGCAUCAGGAAAGCUGUGAAUGCCCGGCUCCUGUGUCGGCAGCACGAAAUUCGGGUGGAUGACGUGGUCCGGGGAGGUAAUGUGCAGGUACUGGCUGGCACCGGGAGUGGCUGGGUAGUGGUACCCGGACCGAAAGGUGUGCGGUAUUCGUUUGACAUCACAAAGUGUAUGUUUUCUGAGGGGAACGCUGCAGAAAAAGACCGCGUGGCAUCUUGGCCAGUCGAGGGGCAGACGGCUCUAGACAUGUAUGCGGGAAUUGGUUUCUGGACUCUGCCACUUCUUGUGGCCGGGGCGGCGAAGGUUGUCGCGUGCGAGUGGAAUCCGGAUGCCCUUGCUGGUCUUCGAGAGGGUUUGCACUUGCUUGGCGACCUGGGAGCUCGCUGCAAGGUCCUACCAGGAGACAACCGGCGACAAGAAGUCAUCGACGAGACUCGCGACACAUGCCACCGUGUCAUUCUGGGCUUGAUUCCCUACAGCCGCGACGGCUUUCCCGUUGCCGUAAACGCGCUGCGCCCCGCUGGUGGCACGCUGCACGUGCAUUGGAAUGCUGCCGUGGACGCAGAGGCGGCCACGGCAGAGCUGGUGGCCAAAGAGGUGCAAGAAUUGUUACAGAAAAUACGAGGGCCAGGAUGGCAAGCUGCAGUCACCGGCAUUCAGCGCAUCAAAUCGUUUGCACCCCGUGUAAGAGCCUCUCUCAUCGGCGCGAACCUGUCAGCGUCCAAGGCCUUUGCAGAGCCAGCCUGCCGCCGGGAGUUGAAUCACUCCGACUUUGCGCAGCUCCUCUUCCCAAAAGCUGCGCCAGUGCGGCUGUGCGGAAUAGGGGACCAUCUAACGGCUACCUUUGAUGCCGUUUUGAUGGUCCAGAGAAGUCUCGAACUUGUUCUGGGGGACCUCCAGAUCCAGCGAGAUUUUCUUGGUCGCUUCUGCCCAAAGCACACUGGGCAAGGACAUCAAUGCCGACAGCGUUGUGAGUUGCUCGGGUCGGGUUGUGGUCCACAAGAGGAUGUCUCCGACCCGGUCGCAGAGUGGCUGGAUGGAAUCAUCCAUCCCGAGUCACUUGACGAGCUUCCUUGGGAUUUGGACGAGAGGCGGCAUUCCCUGGCAGAGGCGAGCGCAAGGGACUCGAGGCUACAGCUGGCAGACCUUGUGGUUUGCUCGCACCCAACGCUGCUGUGCCUCUUCAUGGCAGAGGUCCUGCCGAAGCCGAUGUUUGUACAUGCAUCGUCCACGCUGCUCUAUGGUCUGCAUUGUCAAAACUGCGACCGUGACGCAUGGUACACCAAUCUGCGACACUUUGGCACUUCGCAUUUGGCACAGAGGUAUUUGCAGCUCGCCCGCAACCUCCUCCUCAACAAUCAGAAUCUGGUCUUUAUGGCAGAGGGUCGCUUUCUGGCCGAGCAAGUCCGAGACCAGGUGAGAGUGGAGGUUCCCUGGGUGCCACCACUGGGGCUCUACACGGCGGCAGGGAGUUGGCAGGGCGGCCAGCCCGGGUCGACGCGUCGUGCUGUGGUCCUGAGGUCCCGCUUCUUCGUGUCCCUGAGGGGCGAGCUCUUACGGUCGCUUCUGCGAGAGAUUGUGUCCAUCAAUUUCCCCAGAUACCCCUUGGAGGUGGUCUUCCUGGGCAAGGACAAUCAGUUUGACGAGCAAUGGCUUUCCCUGCAGCAACUGGCCAGCUUUGACGCUGCCAUCCUUUGGCCAAAUGACUUGCACCAGCGCACUUUCCACGAGGCCUACCGGAUGGCGAUUCCACUGCUCAUGCCUGAUUCUGCCAGCCUCUUCCGAGCGCAACGGAUGUCGAACUGGGGUUAUGCUUCCUACGGGGCAAGUACGGUUGGGCUUGAUGCAGGCGGAAGCUCAUCGCCGAGGCAUCCAUUUCCACCUUGGUGGAACUCUUUCAAUGCAACACCAGACGUUAUUGGCUACUGGGUACAGUUCGCGGAUUGGGAGCAGCUGCCGCACAUCCAGCGCUUUGCAACGCUGCCGGGCCUCAUCGUGCAAGCAGCCACGAUGAACCUGCAGCAGAUCAGCAAAAGCAUGUUGGAGCACCACGUUCAGGUUGCCAAGGCGGCUCUGGACCUGGUCUCUGAGAAGCUGGCAUUGCUUGGCCGGAGUGACGAGCCAAGAGUACGCGAAAAGAGUGCGAGAGAGCAGGAUAAGCGGUAUUAUGCUCGAAAGAUUUGCAUGGUUGAGAAGCUAGUCUCAGCGGGCGAGGAGUGGACGAGGUUAUUUUUUGCCACUUGUGACAUGUCGAUUGCUGUGGAAGUUGGAUUGCUGAGCGGUAAGGCAGUUACUGUGGAAGUGGGUUUUGAUGAAACUGUUGCAACGUUGAAAUGUCGAGCACAAACCGCACUUGGAGUCGGACGCGGACGCCUGCUUGAUCCAUCUGGAAGCAUACUGGAUAUGUCUGCGACGAUCCAGACGGCCGGGCUGGAGAAUGGUGACUCCCUGACCAUGCACAUAAACCAGACUAGAGUUCAAGCCAGUGCUGCAGCUUUUGCUGCCAUUCUGGGUGAUGGAUCUGUCGUGACCUGGGGUAGUGCUUCCGACGGUGGCGACAGCAGUGCUGUGCAGGAUCAGCUGAAGAAUGUGCAGCAGAUCCAAGCAACCAAACAGGCCUUUGCUGCGAUCCUUGGCGACGGAUCUCUUGUUACCUGGGGUCAUCCUGACCAUGGUGGUGACAGUAGUGCUGUGCGAGAACAGCUGAAGAAUGUGCAGCAGAUCCAUGCAGGCGAGCACGCUUUUGCUGCGAUCCUUGGCGAUGGCUCCGUCGAUCAGCUGAAGAAUGUGCAGCUCCAAGCCGCUGGUGGUCAAGCUGUUGCUGCCCUUCUUGGCAAUGGGUCCAAAAGGGCACGUGGUGGGCGCUGGCAAUGGGACAAGUUGUGCCUGAGCGCCAUGUCAUGCACCAAACAGCCGGUAUUUGCCAGCCGAGGCCACUUCAUGAAACAGGAGGAGUGUCUUCAGCAUUUGCCCACGGAGGCCGAAGCUCUGAAGAAUUUCUUGAAGGCUGGAUGCGGCGUGAACUUCGCGUGCGAGCUGCAGAAUGCGCCCGUGCCACAGCCAGGUUCCUUCGAAGGCAGAGGGAUUGUCAUGAGCGGAGGUCCCAUGCACGUGCUACAGGCCUUGGCAAACUUGGAGGUGCUCCGCACGGAGCUCAAGUCCGGCAUGCCUGUAGAGUUCUGGCAUGCCUUCGAGCUGGAACCCAUCCACUGCCAAGCCUUAGCCACCCGUGGUGCCAAAUGCCGGCAGCUUCAGGUGCCGGGGGUUUACCGCCAGUUUGAGACCGUUCUGCCGUCCAUUAUGGCAUCCUCCUUCCGGGAAAUCUUGUGGCUUGAUACCGACAUCACGCUGCUGUACAGACCAGAGGAGCUCUUCGAUUCACCUCAGUAUCAGAGUACUGGCGCGCUGUUCUGGCCAGACCACUGGUCCUUCGAUUGCCGGCCGUGGGGGCAAAGUUCGUGGCCGGGUCAUGUGGCUCUCAAGCUGCUGCAAUUGAAACACAACGCCUCGGACAUGCAGUAUGCCCAAGAGCACGAGACUGGACACUUCCUCAUCGAUCGGGAAAGACACUGGAAGCCCAUUUGCUUGGCCAACUACAUGGCAUCACGGGAUUUCUUCACUCGCGUGCUCCAUGGAUACAAGGAUGUCUUCCGCUUGGCCUUUCUCAAGCUGAAUGCAUCAAAUUGGCUGAGCCCAGUACGUCCCGGACUUGUGGGAGGCUUCUUGCACAACGGGCUUUACUUCCCGGCAGCUUUGGUGCAGUUUUGGCCGGCCGGAGAUCUUUUUGGAACAGGCCCGCAUGGCCGGCAUAUUCCUUUGUACAUUCAUCAGAAGAAAGUUCCCGGCAACAUUUGGAUGGACAUUCUUACCUUUGACACACCGAUGGGAAGGUGCAUCUCUUAUCAGCUGACGCCUUUUGACGUGCUGAAGGAGGCUGACAGGACUUUGUGGCAGGUUGGUGAGACAGACCUCCAACUAGCCGAAAGAAUCAGUCGGGCCGGCCAGGUGUGGGAUGCUGCUUACAACAUUGCACGAGACCGGCUCCUCCCUUUCCUGUCCCCUGAAUCGCAAGCCAAGUUGGAAGUGAAGCGCAGCAGCAAAGUUACCUCGACAUUCAAGACCUUGGUGGAGAGUUGCCGAUGCGACUAUGAUGAUAACAUGAUUCUGCACAUCCUCACUGUUUGGCAGCAGGCCGGGGAUCCCAAGACGCUUCGCUUGCUUGACGAGGGUACCUGCCAACCGGUCCUGCAGCCGUUCGACUGGGAGACCUGCCCAAUCGGGUACACUGCCCUGGCCGUGCUUUGCUCACAGCUGCUGCCGGAGAAGGCCGCAGCGGCCAAAGAUGUUGUCAGCAAGCUCCUGCCUUCUGUGGAGUACUGCUUGGGAUCCAAAGGAAAGGCACUGUGGCCUCUGGAGCUAGAGCAUUUGAAGAUUUUUGCUGGGGAAAGCGGCCGGCGACAGUAUCCUGGCGACUUUUCUUUGAAGCCAGAGCAGGUGGCAAAAUUCCCUGCGUCCAUCCAAAGAUGUAUUCCGCUGGACACAAACUGUUGGAGUAUUCGAAACGCCUGGCCAAAGCAGCUUCCUGAUGGUACGUUCGUAAGACCGAGCAUGGCUAUGGAAGGGUACACAUCGUGCCGAAAUUGCUGCGAACCAGACAUAGGCAGCAUACUGCGCGACAUCUGCUUUGAUUCCAAGUUUACAGAGGAUCGGCGCUUGUUGAUGUACAACCGGCCCGCAAGCGGCUUCGGGUGCUCUCGACAAGAGCCCCGGCGGCGGCUCCUUGCACAGGCUUCGCCGAUUGGAUUCGGCCGCGAUCAACCGCACGACGUUGAUUUGCCAAUAUUUGCCAGCUUGGAAAGAGCAGACUUUCGUCCACGGUAUACGCUGGAUCUCGCCCGGCACGAGACGGCGAGGCGAGGAGGGCAACAGAACGACGGUGACUGCUCGGGCUCCUGCAUCUUACACGUCGCAUCAUGGGGCCACGAGCUCCCAAAUAUUCCAAGUGCACGCUCCAAGAUAUGUACGCGACUUACCCACGUUUCACCUUCGUCCAUGAAGGCAGGACUGCAUGUGAGCCGCUCAGCUCUUCCUGGAGCUCAUGGUAUCUCCUGGUUCUUCCGAUAUCGUCGCUGA